UAAAGGAACAAUUAUUACUGAACUAAGAGACCGAAAGCAUGACUCGACUGGAACCUGCUCUCCAGCGCUCAGAAAGUCGCUCUGUGAUAGAAAUGCAGAGCAGGAGAGGGAGCGCCAACACAAGCAGAAGAGGAAGUGUCAGCCAACACACAGAGACUAGAAGAGAAGUGGAACAAAGCAGCAGCAGCCGCGCCGUUUUUAAAAGAACCAAUCGCUUCCUCUCACGGGACAGGGAACAGGAAGAUGGCAGUCCUCCUGCUCCCAUGCGCCACUUCGAGAGAGGCCACCCUCUUCCAGUCACCCACAGUCCUGAGCGCAAAGCCACCAUCCCCUUCCGAAACCCAGACCUGGGUCUCCCGUCCAAUAGGAGGCGCUCCAACAAUCUCAGCAACGAGGCAAUGAGUGGCCUCUCCCCCCAGCGACACAUGUCCUAUUCAAAUUUCAGACGUGGGGACAGCCAAUCUCGUGCAAGCCCUCGCUCCGGCAGUCCGAGAUCUACCAAUGUUUCGCCACAAAGGCGAGGGGAAUCGCACAGUUCGUCCCAUCGCCGAGGUUCCGCCGCACACGGUCACCGGAUGUCCCACACGUCCUCUCAGCAGACUUCUGGGAGAUGCACUCCAUCACGAAGACGAGAUUCGGUGGUCACGUGCACCACAUGUCCCUCACAAAGCUGGGGUCCAAAUAAAAACGGGGAAUCCUUUAGCCCCGCCAACAAAAGAAGCCCUUCCCAGAGCUCCUACGGGCACAGCUUGGAUUCUGAAAAGCUGUAUAAGAAUCUCAAAUCAAUUGCAAGUUCGGCUGAGUCAGACGCCUCUGAAGAAAGGAACGGCUGGUCAAAAAGACAUUCUGAUGUGGAAAUCAAUGGCGAUUAUAACAAACGCAACCACAGUGGUCGCAAUAGCGGUCGCAGCAGUCAAAAGAGUGGAGGCCGCAAUACUGGCUACAACAGCCGGGAUUUCUCUCCAACAGGAGGCUACUGUGAUGACAAAACAAGCCACGUCAGUCGAAACAGUGGUUACAACAGUCGCAACAGUGGUUCUAACAGCCCUGGUGCCUCAACACCUUAUAAAAAUGAUGAUAAACAUGGUACACUAAAAUACGGUACUUUGAAAAACAAAAGCCGCAGGAAUGGCGGAUACUCAGACACCACAGACAAACAAUACAGAUCUGAUUCCCGCCAAUCUAUAAGCCCCACCCACUCCCCUCUAAGCCCCGCCUCACCUGCAUCAACGCCAAACAUCUCUCAAUCAAGGUGGAGCCGGAAUCAGGUUCCGUCCCCUGAUUUGCCCAAAUCCCAUGCCUUAACUGCAGAGACGGAUAAGCCGGUCGAUGAUCGGAGCAGAAGCAGCAUCAGGCGGGGCUUGGAGGCGCUAAUUCUUUCAGAGAACACCAGGUCUUCCAGUCAACCAGCAGUGCCAGAGAUGACCAUUGAGGAUUAUGUGAUCAUAGCUGAUAUUCCCCGAUCUAAGCUGUACCCUGAGGAAGAAGAAGCAAUAAUAGUCAGAAGGAGGACACAGAGCCGGAGCCCACGCAGAGACAAUCAGCACAGCUAUGGAGAUGGGAGAUAUGACAAUGAGCAUGAGGUUUCAGAAGAGCGAGGCAGAGGAAGAGAAAGAGAGAGAGGACGAGACCAUAGAGAGAAAGAGCGCAGACGUCUAGACAAAGAGAUGGGAGGCUCCUCAAAAACCAACAGCACUGCGUCGGGCCAUUCACAGAGGUUCAGCAAAACUGGAGAGAGCAUUAUUAGGAGGGUAAACGGAGCACACAGAGGUCCAGAAGAGCCCCCUCAGAUGCAGAGAGAUGAGGCGGAUGGUGAGAUUUAUUUACGUCACUGUCUGCGAGUGGAGGAAUUUGAUGCUGAUGAAAACUAUGGACUUCAAUUGCAUAUGCAUGCUGGACUGGUGACCCUGUCAGCGAUGACCUCCAGAAUCAGGAGGAACUGGAUCGACACACUGAGGAGGAGAAUCUCAUUCAGGAAUUCGGCUGAAAGCAUCCGACACCCAGACAACAGUGACAUCAGCGACAGAGAGAACUCCAGUUCCCAGAAUGCACCGUCCCGAACCUCUCCCGCACCCCAUGACCCAGGGUCAGAUGUCGGUGGUCCGUAUCAGGAUGAACCCAACAUGAGGUCCUCACCGUUAACCAACCGGCGGGAGGCCGGCGAGGGGCGCGACCAAGAGCUCGAAAGACGUCUGGAGGACCGGACCAAGUGGUUUCAGGAGGGAAUUUCCGACAGGGAGGGGGAAGACCCCUGGGAUAGGGUUGAGUUGAAGAAGGGGGUUGUGACUUCGGUGAUUUUGACCCAGCCGCAGGUUCCUGAUGCUCAGAUGGGGCCAAACAUCGAGAAGAAGUGGGCAGACUUUGAGCAGCUUCCAAUCGGAGAAAAGAGGUCACCGGCUGGUUUCCAGAAUCCGCAAACGACAAAUGAGGUGCUUCAGCGAGAGGUGGUGUCUCUAAAGCAGCAGAUCGAGGCUCUUCGUCAGGUCCGUGUGGGGGCCAGUGUCUGCGGUCCUGACGCACCCUGCUCUCUGAAACUCGAUCAGAUGGAGAAGGAGCAUCGAGAGAGACUGCAGAAGAUACACGACGAGCACGAGAGAGAACGCAGAGAGAUUGAGAAAGACAAACAGAGACUGCUGCAGGAGGAAGCCAAGAAUGCAGUCCAAGCGAUGGAGGCUCUGAGGAAAGCUCAUCAGGAGGAGAUUGAGAAGCUGAGGGGUCACGGAGGAGGAGAGACGAAAGACCCCUCCAUCAGACGACAGCUGCACGAGUCGCUCUCUCUGCAGCAGGAGUUGGACGGUCUGUCGGAGCGUUAUUCCCAGCAGUGCGUGGAGCUCAACCGCAUCCAGAACAGCACUGAAGAGCAAAACGGAGAGAUCCGACAGAAGGAGAGAGAGAUGGAGCAGCUCAGCCAAGAGAACCAGGAACUGCAGGCGCGUCUGACGGAGGAGAUAAGUCUCAUGCGAUCCUUCAUCACAGGCCAAAGAUCAGGAGUUGUUCCCCUCGGCAGCUACGAAAGGAGCACCUCUGAAUUAGAGAUGUUACUGAAGGUGAAGGAGAGCGAGGUGGAUUUUCUACACAAGGAGAUCAGCUGUCUCAGAAAAGAGGUCCAAACUCUUACUAAGGUACACAUUUUGCUUGUGAAAGUCAUAUAA